CGGAGACACGUCUUACGAGCCUGCCAGUGCCAGUGCACAUAGGAAGCGCCUUUAUUUCUGAGCGGGCAGUGCAGCGGCCAGGCCGGAGUCAGGACUACGCACACAAUAGGCAAAAUAGAGACCCCAGAAGUGAAGAUGUCUGCCGCUACCUGGAAGCCAUUUAUAUAUGGAGGUUUGGCUUCCAUUACAGCUGAAUGUGGUACUUUUCCUAUAGACUUAACCAAAACACGUCUCCAAGUCCAGGGGCAAAUUAAUGAUGCCAAAUAUAAAGAAAUUCGCUAUCGAGGAAUGAUGCAUGCGCUUGUUAGAAUAUGCAGAGAAGAGGGGCUCACCGCAUUGUAUUCUGGGAUUGCACCAGCAAUGCUUCGCCAGGCAUCAUACGGUACUAUAAAAAUUGGAACGUACCAGAGCUUGAAGAGGUUAUUUGUCGAUCGUCCCGAAGAUGAGACGUUGGUUCUUAAUGUAUUUUGCGGUGUGCUGUCUGGAGUAGUUUCCUCGUGCAUCGCCAACCCCACUGAUGUCCUUAAGAUCAGAAUGCAGGCGCAAGGCAAUGUGAUACAAGGGGGGAUGAUUGGCAACUUCAUCAACAUUUACCAGCAGGAAGGCACGCGGGGCCUGUGGAAGGGGGUAUCGCUCACUGCCCAGAGAGCAGCUAUUGUAGUGGGAGUGGAGCUGCCAGUCUAUGACAUUACCAAGAAACACCUGAUUCUGUCCGGACUGAUGGGUGACACCGUCUAUACGCAUUUUCUGUCCAGUUUUACUUGUGGAUUGGCGGGAGCAUUAGCGUCGAAUCCCGUUGAUGUUGUCAGAACCCGAAUGAUGAACCAAAGGUCAAUGGGUGAAUUGUCUGCCUACAAAGGCACCGCAGAUUGUUUGCUGCAGACUUGGAAAAAUGAAGGCUUUUUUGCUCUGUACAAAGGGUUUUGGCCAAACUGGUUAAGAUUGGGACCUUGGAAUAUAAUUUUCUUUAUAACCUAUGAGCAGCUCAAGAAACUAAACCUCUGAUGUGUCGUCCGUGCAGCUAGCCAAGUUUUUCCAUGCCAGUAACCUAGAAAUUCAAAUUGAUGUGCUGCAAUCUCUAUCUAUGAUGUCUCUGAAGGAACAUGUGAAUGUAUGAAGACGAGUGGUGACGCUUUCCUGGAGACCGGGUUGCCAGCACUGCAUCGGAAGACUUCUUUAGAAAUGCGGUGCAUGGGUUGCAACUGGAAAAACACAUACUAUGAAUUGGAAUCCCUGAUGCUCAAGAGGUUUAAAAUGUUCAUUCGGAUGAAGUCUUGUCCUUGUCUAUCUAGAAGUGUUCCCAAAAUGUCUAUUUUUAUACUUGUAGAGUGAUGUUACUUACAUAAUUCAGUUUUAUCUAUAGAAAAAAAGUAUGCAUUUUCAUUCGCCAUCAAAAAGGAUCGUAGACUUAGUUUUCAUUCAUACGACACAUUUUUGUCAGUCUACAGGACCAUUCAUAGCAGCCCAUCAGUAAUAUGAAGGUGUAGGUGAACUAUGCUUGUAUGUAGGGAAUUCGUUAUAACCUUUUUUACGUUUAGAAAUGUUUUCGGGAGCAGUAAUAAUCAGAUAAAACGGACAGGGACGCUUUUAGGUCAGCCUGAGUCCUGAUAGCCAAGUUAUAUGUCCAUACUCUCCCCCAUUCCCCUGCUGUGUGGCUGCAUACAGACACUAGAAUACAGUGCGAGGAAUGACUAGCUUGUACCCCAGGGCACAACCCUCAGUGGUGGGGGCGAGUAUGGACAUAUAAUUUGGGUGUUUGGGACUCGACAGGAACAGUUCUAUCCGUGUAAUACUGCACUUAAGAGGACCUGUAACCUCUCCUGACAUGUCCGUUUUUAGUAAAUAAUUGCAUUCUACAUUUAAUGGAAA